AAUAAUUUGAUAAGGCCCAUGGUAGCUUCCAGAUUUUCUAGACACUUCUCCCAUACACAAAACCCCAAACAAUCCCCACUACAAAUCCUUGCUCCCAAAACUUUAACUCCAUCUCCACGAUACAAACAAAGACACACACAAGAAAUUAUGGCCCUGUUCGGCGAUCCCUUCCGGCGCUUAUUAUGGAGCCCCACCUUCUACCGUGCAUCCCCAGGAUCAACGGCUCUCCUUGAUUGGAUCGAAUCCCCUCAAGCCCACAUCUUCAAAAUCAAUGUUCCAGGUUAUGGAAGGGAGGAUGUUAAAGUGCAGGUAGAAGAUGGGAAUGUUCUGGUGAUUAAAGCUGAAGAAGGAAAAGAGGAAUCCCUCGGAAAAGACAAAGACGUUGUUUGGCAUGUGGCCGAGAGGAAAAUGGAGAGGGAAAACUUUUCGAGGGAAAUUGAAUUGCCUGAGAAUGUGAAGGUGGAUCAGAUCAAGGCUCAAGUGGAAAAUGGUGUGCUUACUGUUGUUGUUCCUAAAGAUACAACUCCCAAGGCUUCUAAAGUUAGGAACAUCAAUGUCAAUAGCAAACUAUAAAUCUAAAAAAUGUAAAUGCAAUGGUAAUUAGUGAAAUUGCCAUUUGAAUAUGCAUUACUAUGUGUGUUUAUGCAAUAAUAUCAGAGGUACAGUACGAAUAAAAUUCCAUUUUUGAAAGUCA